AUGGCUUCUCAGGGUGUCAACGUUUUCCGCUACUCGGCUCUGAUUACCGGUCUCGUCUACGGUUUCUACCACCAGUCCUCCCUCACCUCCGCCGCCAAGCACGCAGAGGCCGAGCGUGAAUAUGCCCGCCAGGAGCGCCUGAUCGAGCAGGCCAAGGCCGAAUGGAAGAAGAAGACGGCGCCCAAGGAUUCCAAGACGAACAGCGGCGUGAUUACGGAUCCCGAGGACAGCCGGUUUGACCUUGAGGCUUUCCUGAAGCUGAAGGCCGGUGAGAACUAG